CGGCGAGAGAGCUCUGUGUAGACGCCGCGCUGCCGACCCGCCGGGACCCGGACGCGGGCUCGGCCCCAGCCAGGCCUCAGCCGCGGCCCGGCGAGGCGAUGGCCAAGGUGUCGGUGCUGAACGUGGCGGUGCUGGAGAACCCGAGCCCCUUCCACAGCCCCUUCCGGUUCGAGAUCAGCUUCGAGUGCAGUGAGGCCCUGGCGGACGACCUGGAGUGGAAGAUCAUUUAUGUCGGCUCAGCUGAGAGUGAGGAGUUUGAUCAAAUCCUAGACUCAGUGCUGGUCGGCCCUGUCCCAGCAGGAAGACACAUGUUCGUCUUUCAGGCCGACGCCCCCAACCCGUCCCUCAUCCCUGAGACCGACGCCGUGGGGGUGACUGUGGUCCUCAUCACCUGCACCUACCAUGGCCAGGAGUUCAUCCGCGUGGGCUACUACGUUAACAACGAGUACCCCAACCCCGAGCUGCGGGAGAACCCGCCCCCGAAGCCGGACUUUUCUCAGCUCCAGCGGAACAUCUUGGCCUCAAACCCCCGGGUGACCCGCUUCCACAUCAACUGGGACAACACGGACAGGCUGGAGGACCCCACCCUGGGCUGCGGCCUCCCCCUCAGCUGCACUCCUGUCAAGGGCUUGGGUCUCCCUGGCUGCAUCCCCGGCCUCCUCCCCGAGAACUCCAUGGACUGCAUCUAACUGGGGAUCUAGGCCAGUCUCCUGGCACAUCUGGAAGGGGCAGCGGGGCCUCCCAGAGAGUCCCCUGGGGGCCAUGUGGAAGACUUGGGGGCCGUCAGCUACAUCCAGGCCGGUUAAACUUGGCCCCGAGGAAGGAACAGGCCUCACGUCUCCCAGCCCUGGCCCAGAAGGAUCAUCUCACCUCUCCUGCCCAGGCCUGCAGAAACAGGUGCUUCAGUUCUUAGUUCUUUCUGACUGUCCCUUCCCUCUUCCACAGGCACUGUCAGUUCCACCUGCGGGUCAUUGUGCCCCCGUGCGCCCGGGAGUACCAUUGACCCAGAGCUCUUCCCACAGGCCUCCCUGGCCUGCUUUGAGGCUUCCUUGGUCAAUGCCUGGCAAGGCUCUGGCCCUGUUGGGCCAAAGGCUCUGUCAUUCAUCUCCCUUCCCAAACUACCAAGCAGAAUACACCCAGCUUUCUGGAGUCACGGGCAAGGAAUCGUGGUUUGAAGGUAGACUCGGACACAGUUUCUGUCCUCCUGGAACAAUUUUUAGGUCUUGUCAAUCCAACAGCCCCUGGAAAACUCUGUUCGCAAAAGUGUGAUCAGCAAGAUGCUGAGGAAUGAUGGCUGAUUUUCUCAGUGACAGCUACCUUCCUGUUACCUCCUAACUGGAUCUGGCUUUCCCUGGAGGCUGCCACUGUGGGGAGAUGGCAUGUUAGAGGGGCCUUCUCUGCUGGUCUGUCUCAGUGUCAGCAUCAGGGCCCCUUUGGGGGCCUUGCUCUGCCCUCUGCUAAGACCCCACAGGCCACAGAGUGACUACGGGCAGGGGAAGCACCAGGGCCCCUGAAGUCCCCCACCCCCACCAGGCUCCCUGCCGCGCCCCACCCCCUUGCUGCUAUGUGGAUGUUGUUGUGGUUGCAGUUUGUACAUUAAAGGGUUUUUAUAUUAAAUAUGUUUGGUUGGUCUAAAAAUAAAAAGCAUUUGAUCUAG